GUGAUCAGACUUGGUGUUCCCGCCGGCCCUUCUCUCUCUACCAUUCCCAUUCAUCCUUUCUCUCUAGAAAACACCACAUUACAACAAGGCUUUAUAAAACCCACCAACCAAAAGAAGCAUUGAAUCUUUGAAGAAGAAAGAAAGCAAAAGAAGCCAGCAAUGGCCAAGUCCAAGAACAAUGCCAAGAAGUUGUCCUACAUCUCAGUUCCAUCUCAGAUCAUCAACUCCAUCUCAUCUUCAUCUCUUCAAUCUCUGCUUGAAUCUCCCAAGAAGUGUGCAAGGCACUCCAAAUUCUUCACCUUUGUCAAGUGCAUGAGGCCAAGACUCUUCUUCCUUUUCACCCUCUUUUUCCUUGCUUUCUUUGCCAUGCUCAAGUUUGGCCUCAAUCUUGACACCCCUUUUCCUCCAUUCCCAUGUGCACCCUCAAUAGGCCCCACAAAAUCCAAUCUUGGAGCUUUGGAUGGUGGUGAUGUUAGUGUUUCAGAGGCUAUGAUUAGCAGUGUGCAGUUACAUGGUGCACAGGUUCCAAGUGGGGUGGUUGAAGAUAAGAGUGAGUUUUGGGAGCAGCCAGAUGGGUUGGGGUACAAGCCUUGCUUGGAUUUCAGUAGGGAGUAUAGGAGGGAGAGUGAAGGGGUUGUGAUGAACAGGAGGAGGUACCUCAUGGUGGUGGUUUCUGGAGGGAUGAAUCAGCAGAGGAAUCAGAUUGUUGAUGCUGUUGUCAUUGCUAGGAUUCUUGGGGCUUCUUUGGUUGUCCCCAUAUUGCAAGUCAAUGUCAUUUGGGGAGAUGAAAGUGAAUUUGCUGAUAUAUUCGAUUUGGAGCACUUCAAGAGUGUUCUUGUCAAUGAUGUGCGGGUGGUUUCUGCAUUACCAUCAACACACCUAAUGACAAGGCCAGUGGAGGGGAGCCCUCUCCCUCAUGCCACUCCCAGUUGGAUUCGGUCACACUAUCUCAGAAGAUUCAACAGAGAAGGUGUCUUGCUUUUACGUGGAUUGGAUUCGAGGCUAACAAAGGAUCUUCCUCCCGAUCUUCAGAAGCUUCGAUGCAAGGUUGCUUUUCAGGCAUUAAGGUUUGCAAAGCCUGUUCAGGAACUCGGUAACGAUAUUGCUGAGCAAAUGAAAAGCAAGGGACCCUACCUUGCUCUUCAUCUACGGAUGGAAAAGGAUGUCUGGGUGAGAACUGGUUGUCUACCCGGUUUGAGUCCUGAGUAUGAUGAGAUUGUUAACAACGAGAGGAUAAAACGGCCUGAACUCUUGACAGCAAAAUCAAACAUGACUUACCAUGGAAGGAAACUGGCUGGCCUCUGCCCCUUGAAUGCUUUGGAGGUUACAAGGCUGCUUAAAGGUCUAGGUGCUCCAAAAAAUGCAAGAAUUUAUUGGGCUGGAGGACAACCACUGGGUGGAAAAGAGGCCUUACAACCAUUAAUCAAUGAGUUUCCACAUCUUUACAGUAAGGAAGAUCUUGCUUUGCCUGGAGAGCUAGAACCAUUUGCAAAUAAAGCUUCUCUAAUGGCUGCCAUAGAUUACAUAGUCUCUGAGAAGAGUGAUGUUUUCAUGCCAUCUCAUGGAGGCAAUAUGGGCCAUGCACUUCAGGGUCACCGGGCCUAUGCGGGACACAAGAAAUAUAUAACACCAAACAAAAGACAGAUGCUCCCCUAUUUUCUAAAUUCUUCCCUCCCUGAAAAAGAGUUCAAUAGGAUUAUCAAGGAAUUGCAUCAGGAUUCAUUAGGUCAGCCAGAACUCAGGACUAGCAAGUCUGGGAGGGAUGUCACCAAGUAUCCUGUUCCUGAGUGCAUGUGCAAUGAUGACUCUCAUCAUCAUUCUUCCUAAAUUGCACAUUUGAUACCAAAGCUUUUGGUGUGAAGAUUACACGAAAAUGGAUAAACAAACACGGAAGCGAUGCUACGAGUAUGAUUUUGAUCCCUUGCGAAUUUUGCUUGAAAGGUCAUUUCCUCAGAAACCACAGUUCUUAAGAGCACCAUCUUUUAAGAGCCAUAAUGUCAAGCAUGCCUAUCCCUACAUGUGUAUUCACCUUGUUCCUUAAAUAUACGUAACUGUAUGUUGUUAUGUGAGGCAAUGUAGAUUUUCAUCAGAAUAGGCUAAAACAAUGAACAGCAGAUCAUUCUUUGAUUCUUUAGAGUUUGUAUAGGAUAUAUAUUACUCUUGUUACUUACGUAUAAUUCUUUAUAUUACAGUAUGAAGCCUUGUACUAUUGUACAUAUCUGUAUAAAUUCUAGUUUUGUAUUGAUUAUUUGCCCUUUCAAGAUCA